UAAACCGAAAAUAAUUUGAAAUGCGUGUUGUGCUUGGAUAGUGCAGUUUAUGUUACUUAUAUAAGGGAUUAUAGACAAGAACAGUGUCCUAAUCAGGUCUGUAAGAAGAAAAUGGCAAGUAUUGAGAAUACAGCUGAGCGUAUCGGGUACAUCACACGAGUGCAGAGUUUCUCCGCUUGCCAUCGAUUACACAGUAAAUCAUUAAGUGAUGAGGAAAAUAAAAAAAUCUUUGGAAAAUGCAACAACCCUAAUGGCCACGGACAUAACUAUAAAGUUGAAGUGACUGUUCGGGGAAAGAUUGACAGAAACACUGGAAUGGUAAUGAACCUUACCGAUCUAAAGGAGUAUAUCGAGGAGGCCAUCAUGAAACCACUUGACCAUAAAAAUCUGGACAUGGAUGUGCCAUAUUUUGCCAAUGUUGUCAGCACCACCGAAAACCUGGCUGUCUAUAUUUGGGACAGUAUGGCAAAGCUUCUCCAACCCAACUUGCUCUAUGAGAUAAAAGUGCACGAAACAGACAAAAAUAUAGUGGUAUACAGGGGUGAAUAGACUAUAAUUAAGCUCCAAUACCAAUUGUCUUCAGGCUGCAGAUAUUAGAAAGCCUCAAUGGAUUUUAGAAAGUAUAAUAUGGGAUUAAUGUAAAUCACUAAGAAUUCGGCUCUGCUGCCGACCAUGCAGCAAUGAUCCUAUUAAACACAGAGAGAUUAUGCACACACAAAAUGUUUUUCCAAAUUAAUUAGCAGCCUUCACCUCAGAACCCCUGUCUUUUGUAUGGACCAAUAUUCUCUUGCAAAGUUGGAAGCCUAUUUCAAAUCAAAUCACUUUAUUGUCACACGACUUGUGUGCAGUUUUUUAAUGGAAACAGACCUGUUUGUUAUUGCAAAGUAAUUUUUUCUUACUAAUGAAUAUGUAUAAAUGAUUUCCAGUUUUAGUUGGAAAAUCUGAUUGCAUUUAAUAUUGUUUUAUUGUUUUUACUAAAUGUUUACUGAGAGAGAAAAAUAUUCUGGUUCAUUGUUCUUCCAAUAGAUGGCGCUUCAUGUUUAUUGCAUUCCAUUCCAAUUAAAGUUUGCCAACAAAAUCUUUUUGAGUCUAAAUAUGAUUGAAAUUAUAUUUACAUAGACCCGAAGAUAUGGAAGAUAUGCUAUAUAUUUUCAUGUUAAGAUGUGCACAUAAUUUUUCACAUAUACCCCAUCUUUAUUAUUAUAGAUGUAAUGCUAAAUUAUUUGACUGUGCCUUUGUUGGAAAUGAUACACACUACCGGCAACACAUGAUUCUGUGCUGUUUUGGAGUGACGGUUAACUGGUGAGACAGACUUCCUGCUGUACAUGCACAUUCCAGUGGAAUGUCUUCACUUUGAAUCAUGGCACCAUAGCAGGCCCUUCCAGAACACUGGUGCAUGGUCUGGUCACGUCUCUCCCUUAGGUGCUAAGAUAUUAUUGUGGGGGAUCCACCGAUGGUGAUCCUGUGCUAUGGGUUUCAGCCAGGUGUCUUACCUCAGCCAGUCUGUUCUUGGUCGACAGAUCUGUUGGCAAUGUGGUCUUGUGAUUUUUUUCUCUUUCUCUCACUUGCAAAAGAAAGAAGGGGGGUGAAAUACUAAAUAAAUUAAAAUAAAACAAAGGAGUGUAAUUAGAUUAUAAGUAAUUGUAACAAUAACAUAUCUAAAAUCACUAUUUUUACAUUAUAUUUUUCAGUUUUAGAAUACUACCUCUACAAACCCUUAUAUCCAUGCUUAUUUCACUUAUCUGGUGGUAAUACCAUGGUACUUUGAGAUACAAUUACCAUAUUUAUGUACCGUUUUGUAUUUGCAUUUGCAUGGUGCUUCAAAGUACAUCAAAUAAUACCAUGUUACUACCAUGGUAAAUUGAUAUAUGAUUAUAUGAUCAUAUACAAUUGUAUUUACAUGGUGCUUCAAGGUAAAUAAAAAAAUA